CUCUCAUCUCAUCUGGCCGGUGCUAGGUUAAGCAUGACACGUUUAAGGCAGAACCCGAUACUUGCCCCCUCUCUUCACACGUGGCACCCCUGUCCCCCUCUUCACACUUCACAAACAUUUUAUAAACCUCACUCUAACGUGCUUCUCUCUCGUAGCUCUCAAACGUUGUUUCACUUCACGACUGUGUUAAUAGAAGAUAGAUUCAGUAAUUACACGUACAAAAAGUAUACAAAUAAUACAGACACAUAUAUGGCCAUGGGCAAGUUGUGGACCUUGAUCAUCCAGCUUCAUACUAUUGCCGGGCCGGUUUUGAUGUUGUUGUACCCUUUGUAUGCAUCGGUGGUGGCAAUAGAGAGCCAAUCCAAGUUGGACGACGAGCAAUGGUUAGCUUAUUGGAUCAUCUAUUCGUUCCUCACCCUUGCGGAAUUGGUUCUUCAACCCAUCUUACAAUGGAUACCAAUUUGGUACGAUGUGAAGCUAUUAACGGUGGCAUGGUUGGUGUUGCCACAGUUCGAAGGUGCAGCGUAUUUAUAUGAAAGGUUCGUGAGAGAGCACAUAAGGAAAUACAUAACGGAGAGGGAGCACCACCACCACCACCAGGUCAACCACCAGCAACAAAGCAAAAAAUCUCCCAACGAGGGCAAGGCUAAGAAGAAGUUCGUCGAGUUCGUGACACCCAAGAAAGGGGAUCAGGAGGCGUAUUGAGUUGGCAAGGACGGUGCAUGCUUGAUCAGCGUAUUGAUGAGUAUUUUUAACUGGGUUUGAUUUAUGUUUUAUGUAUGUAUGUAUGUGGGUCUCUUUCGUGUACACUUCCACGCUGUGUCAUGAUCAUCUCAUCUCGUGUAUGUAAAGUGAUUUCUUUCGUGACUCCCCUUCCAUAAACUUAACCUAAUAUCAAAGUAAAACCAAAUU